AUGUUGAGACCAGGGAUUAAGCGUCAAGCGAGGAAGUUGGGGCUGCGCCUUGAUGGCACACCCAUCCGCCCUAGCUGUACGAGGCCGGCUCCCCUUGCAGCACACACCAAGCUGGAACUAAUGCCCAACCGCUUCCUUCAAAAAUUCGUACCACACCAUGAGCCGCCGUCGCAUCAGCAGCAAAACCCACCACCGGCGCAACCGGAUCAGCCCCUCCCAUCGACCGACAAAAUCCUCAUUACCUCGGAAAGCGUGGUAACGAACACCUCGGAGGCCUCCCGCAUGCUCACCUCCGGUGAUGUCAGGCAAAACAGCAAGGAGCUGACCGCCACCUCGCCGUCCGCGGGUGGGGUGGCUGCCACAGGCAAGCUGCGCAGCCUGGGCCGUGGCUCUAGCGGCGGCGGCCGCUUCGCCCGCAUCCGAGGUCUUCUGCCAUCCUCAAAGAGCACCAUCAGCCCCAGCAUCAGCGGCACGCCGCCGCCUGGACCAGCGCCGGUGUCCGGCGCCGGGUUUGGCGCCAUUGGCGAGCGCUCCAGUGCCACUGGCAGUGUGGCCAGCUGCAGCGGCACGGCUCCUUCAGCGGAACAGGAGCGGUCGCAGGAGAGCGUAGACGUGGGUGUUGGCGGGGCUGGGCGCCCCAGCAGGGUGCUGCCCCGGCGGCAAAAGUCCUCCAACGCACAUGACAAGGCGGGCAGGUGGUGGGCUGCUUGCCUGGCUCCGCCGCGGCUUCGUGCGGGCGAUCCCGCGGAACAGGCCCCCCCCGCCGGGGUCAUGCUGGACACUGCCGGCAGCGCCUGCCGUCCUCCGGACAUGUUGACGACCAUGGACGUGGGGGGCCAAGGCUUGGGCCCCAACGCCCAGCCACAAUGCGAGCAGGGGCCCCAACACCAUCAUCACCAACACCACCAGCAGAUGCCCGGUGCUGGAGGAGCAGGGGGAGGUGCUGACGGUUCUGUGGGCUCCAGCGGCCAGGCAGAUCCGGAGCGGUUCAACCGGUUUAAAAAAUCCAGUGGCAGGCACCUGAGGGUGUCCCUGGAGCGCAACCUGCAGAACAAGGCGACUCGGAACGGUAGCGGCCCCGGGGGGAUGGCCUGCGGCGGCCCUGGCAGUGCGGUGUUCAGCACGAUCGACAGCAAGCCCCGUGACUCGUUCGAGUCGGACUGGGACGUCAUGGGCGCGGAGAACGACGGCAACGCGCUGUCGGUUGUCGGCGUGGCCAUGUCCACCCAUACCGGCCUUGAUGGCAACUCCGGCGGCAUCAAUGUCGCGGGUGGGGGCGGCAGCCGGGGGCCCACGGCCCUGAUGGCGGCGGUGGCAGCAGCCAUGGCCAACGCCUCCAGCGGAGGUGGUGGUGGGAGAGGCGGCGGCAGUGAGGCGGCCAACAGCGGCCGGCAGCAGUCCAACUUGCGAAAGGGGCCCACUCCCACCACCACCCCGCGCAAAAGCCAUGACUAUCAUGAAAACACCGAGCCAGGAGACCAAACGGACCAACUGCAGCAGCAGCAGCAGGGAAGGCAAGCGCAACAGACCCCUCCUCGGCAGCAGCAGCAGCAGCAGCGGCAGGGGGUUUCCGACGCCGGCGAGAGUAUUGGCGAUGGCGAUGGAGGUGGUCGUGAGCGGCUUCCCCGCGGCUCCAUGAUGCGCUCGCCCACGUCCUCUUCCAACAUGCCCGUGGACUUGUCCUUCAACCCCAACCUGCACCACAUCACUCCGCAAAGGGCGGCUGGCCCGGAGAUGGUGCCUGCGGCCGUGGGUGGGGCGCAGCGGAAACAUUUUGGCGGCCUUGCAGGGUCUGUCGCCGCAGCCGCUGCAGGCAGCGGCGGCAGAGGCCGAGGCAUAGGCAACGGCGGAGCAGGCGGCGGAUAUGACAACGGCACCGAUUGCGUCGCCGGCAGCGAUGCCGGUGGCGAGGGCUCUUCCCGUAAUGGUCGGCGUACACCAGAGGACCUUUUGGCGGCUCAGAUGAUGGCGCUCCAGAACCGCAUCAACGCCCUAACCGACGAGGACCUCCUGAACCCCUCCGCCAAACUGCCUUUCGUAUCGCCAUCGCCGUCGCAGGCGGUGCAGGCGUUGCCGUCGACGACGACGGUGAAUAAUGCAACGUCGCCCAUGCACCACCUGCCGCCGUCAGUGCUUGCGGCAGCGACGGCGGCAAACGCUGCCGCGCCGCUGCCGUACCAGCUGGCGUCGAGCGGCUCUGACGCUGGAUUGGGCAUCGUCGCCGCGCUCCGCGCAGGCAGCAGUGCCAACCUCACCCCUUCAGGACUGUUGCUGCACCCCCAGCAGUCCUAUCCGCCCCACCCGCCCCAUCUGCAGCAUAAUUCGUACAUGACCCAACAGCACCAGCACCAGCACCAACAGGGCUCACUCCAGCAUCCGUCACUCAUGCAACAGCACCACCACAAUGCUCAGUACAACCAACAACACCAACACCAACACCACCAGCACCACCAUCACAACCCGCAGCAGCAAUACCAGCAGUAUCAGCAGCACCAGGUGCACGGGGGGUUGCAGCCGCAUCAGGCACAGGCGAGCCUAGGCUUGCCGCCGCUGUCCGGCAUGGGUGCGCUGGACGCGCUCAGCGCCUUCUUGGGCAGUCCGCCGUCACGCGGCGCCAGCAUCUACGACGGCGGCGGCGGCAUCCUCAUGACCACCGGCGCGACCGCCGGCGGCAACAGCGGCAUCGGCCCUCGUGCCAGCGCGGGCUCGCCGGGGUCCAUUGGCGCAGGCGGCGGCGCGGGAAGCAGCGCCCGGAGCGGCGGAACCGCCGCCGCCGCCGCCGCCGCCGUAGCGGCCGCCGGCAUUCGCAGUAUGCAGUCCAUCAACGAGGAUGGCUUCCUGGCUGCUGCAGUGAACCAGACGGGCGGGUCCAGCUACCGUCUGGCGUCCAGCCAUUUGGGCGGCAUGGGGGCCGGCCCCGCGAGCAAUAGCAGCUUUCUCUCCAUGCGGCCAGGCCCCGGACCGGGCAGUGAUGACCCCGGUGGGAUGCUGUUCACGCGGGACGACACGGGCGUGUUGGGGCCGUCAUCACGGGGCCAUGCGGGGCUGGCGCGGUCCUCCGAUACCGACAUGAUGCAGCCGAAUGUCAAGAACACCGGUAGUCCAGCCAACAUGAUUUUCUUCACGCGGGGGAGCAGCCUGGGCGACAGACACAGCCUCCUGGGGGCCGGGGCGUUGGCAGGACCGGGAGGAGUUGCUGGAGGCGGCGGGGGCGGGGUAACUGGCGGGGCCGGCACCGGGGCCGCCGCUCCCGCGGUCUCGCAGACACCAGCCAGAGAUGCGGCGGCGGGUCUGGGCGCCAGCCCGGCCGCGCCAGGCGCCGACAGCUCUUCGCCGCGCAAUCCCCUGCCGCCUAUCACCGCCCCACCCGCCGGGGCUGGUGGCGCCGGCGGGGGUCGUUUCACUCUCGCUGCAGCACUUAGUCCUUUCCAGGAGGAGCUGAUGAAGGCCAUAGUGCCGCCCGUGCCGGGCAUCGGCGGCGCCCUGCCAGGGUCGGCCACCUCCGCCGCCUCCGUCACCACAGGCAGCGUCGGGUCCGCAGCUACCGCAUCCCGGCAGCUACCUCCGCCAGCCUCCGGCAAGCGCUCUGUUUCCAGUAACGCCGCCGCCGCUGACGGGAACGCUCCCCCCGGCAGUGGCUGGGGCACUUUGCCUGCUGGCGCAGGGACAACAGCGCUGACGGCGGCAGCGCUAGGGCGUGGCGGCGGUUGGCGGGAGCCUGGCAGUAGCAACGGUGUGGCAUCGUCAACGGGGACCAUCGCCCGUGUAAGUUUGCGUCGCGGUGCCGGGGGAACUGCCUCCUCCCUCCUGCCACACUUUCUGUCGGACAAUCCUGAGGUCCCGAAUAGCGCUGCCGUGGGCAAUCCACACCAGUUUCUUGGCGGCGGCGGCGGCGGUGGCCAGCAAUUGCCUCAUGGCCACGGUACCGGGCUCCCGCACCAUUAUCCGCAAGCGCAUCUCAACCAGCAACAGCUCGCCGGCGGCGCUGCAGCGGCCGCGGCCGCGCCAACGGGGAUGGGAACGGCGGUCUCUCCUGCCUUGGCUGCAGGCCGCAGCCCCCGGCCUAGCGGUGAGGUGCCCGGAGCCGGCUUCCGUCGCCACUCUACAGACUACCUGUACGACGAGUUUUUUAGCAAUGGGCCGUUGCAGUACGACAUGAUUACGCAAGCCUUGGCCGGCGGGCCGUCGAGCGGUCCGGGGUUCCUGCCCUCCUCUUCAAGUCCGUUGGAAAGCGCAGAUGCGUCGAUGGCGGCCGCCGGCGGCGGUGCGGCCACUGCCAUGGCGGCGCACGGACGCGGUGGUGCAGGGCCGCCGCCGCCGCCGCCGCUGGGGCAGGGCGGCGUUGGUAUGGUGCUGGGACCUGCUGGGAUUCCGAGCCGCAGCGUCCGUCGCAACGUCAGUGCUGAGUCCUUGCGGAUACAGGCGGCGCACAGGUCGAUGGAGGGCCGGGUCGCCGCCGCUGUCGCGGGCGGGGCCGCGGGCGCCGGUGCAGUGGCCGCGACGCAUCACACCAAUUACUCGGGGAACCAUGUCCAUGUCCAGGGCGCCGUCGAAGGGCUCAGCGAACCCACACUGGGACAAGCCACGCCGGAGGUGGCGGCCGCCGCCGCUGCCGCUGUGGCUGUGGCGGCAGCAGCGGCAGCGAGCGCAUCCUCAACUGCGACCACCACCACCACCACCGCUGCACAUAGCACAAACGGGGCAAACCCCGGAUCUGGUCGUGCGUACGGCGGCGGUCAGCGUGGCGGCGUACCAUCUGCUAAUGGGAGUAGCAACGGCACCGUGGGAUCAGAGCUACAGCCGCCGACGGUGCUGCCGUCGCAGCUUACCCUCGCUGGCGGCGGCGGCGGCGGCGGAUCUGGUCUAUUCCUUGACGGCACCGCAGGCACCCGCCACCCGCUCGAGUCCGCCAGGGCGGCGGCCGCGGCUGCGGUUGCUGCGACAGCUGGCGCGACGAACUCCCCGGAUAUGAUCAACAGCGGAGGCCUGACAGGGCAAGGCUUGUCGUCCACAGAUGCGGUCGUUGCGGGCCUGAUGGAGAGUGUGCUUCGCUCCGGCGCUACGACGGCGCUGCAGGACAAUGGCGUCAGCAGCGGUCAAUGCGGUGGUAUUGGUGGCGGCGAUGGCGCUGCUGCUGCGGCAGCUGCCCAGGGUCUUGCCAUCCUCCCCGGCGUCCCAAGCCGCACCGUAUUGAUGGGAACUAACGGUGGGGGCGCCGCCGCCGCCGCCGCCGCCGCCACCGCCGCCGCCGCCUUCAGACACACGACGAGCGGUGCAUCGAGGGUGCAGCAGCAGGGUCCGGAUCGGCCUGGCUCGUGCGGAACAGUGACCACCGGCACCAGCGCGGUGCUUUCCGGAAGCGGUGCCACGUCUGGUAUCGGCGCUGUUAGCGGGGGUGCCGUCGGCGGCGGCGGGGGCGCUAGCGGCGGUAGCAGUCCCUCCCUGGAGGCCCUGAUGGCGUUCCGUGACGAGUCGGGGCAGCCGCUGCUUAUUGAGCUCCGCGCUGGGGGCCCCGGCACCGGCGGAAGCCAUUUCCCUAGCGGCGGCGGUGGGGGUGGCGGCGGCGGGGCCGGCAGCGGCGAGCUGUAG